UUACUUAAUUUUUCUUGCGAGUGGAAUGAGAGAGAGAGAGAGAGAGAGAGAGAGAGAGUAAGAAGAGAGGAAAGAAGAGAGAAAGAGAGGUGACAAAAAGACCGAAUUGACCUUUGCUUUCUUUUGAAAUUACCCUUUCUUCUUCGUCGGGGUCGUCGCCGGCGUUGUUGUCGUCUUCGUCGGCAUAUCUCCGACCGCUCUCUCGCUGUAGAUUUCUUUUCAUAUCUCAAACAUGAACGAGAAGGCCAGCGUUACCAAGGAGCUGAACGCAAGACAUCGGAAGAUUAUUGAAGGUCUUCUUAAAUUGCCAGAGAAUAGGGAAUGUGCCGACUGCAAAGCCAAAGGUCCAAGAUGGGCAAGUGUGAAUCUAGGUAUUUUUAUAUGCAUGCAAUGUUCUGGGAUACACAGAAGUCUUGGGGUACACAUAUCGAAGGUUCGGUCUGCUACACUAGACACAUGGCUUCCUGAGCAGGUUUCUUUUAUUCAAUCAAUGGGGAAUGAAAAGGCAAACAGUUACUGGGAAGCUGAGUUGCCCCCUAAUUAUGAUAGAGUUGGAAUUGAAAACUUCAUCCGUGCAAAGUAUGAGGAAAAAAGAUGGGUUCCUAGGGAUGGAAGAUCAAAAUCAUCACCUAGUGGGUUGGACGAAAGGACUGCCUCACGUUGGCAGAGACCUAUUGAAACAAGUGGUCACGGGCACAUUAGUAAUAAUGAGAAUUCAUUUGAGGAAAGGAGGAAUAAACAAACAUCUGGUCAUAAAGAAAGUCUCCCUGCAACAAGAGUCAGCCUUCCUGUUCCUCCUAAGGGACCUGAUCAGGUUACACCCAUGCAGAAGCCUGAACCAGUUAUGGCACCAGCUGAGGCAACAAAGUCAGCUGUAGAGACUGCUCCCAUAGUCACAGCUCCUAAAGUCGAUUAUGCUACAGACCUUUUCAACAUGCUCUCCUUCGAUGAUAGUCCAAGUGAGAAUAGUUCUGAGGCAACUUCUACUGAUGAUUGGGCGGGCUUCCAGUCUGCUGGAGGAGCUUCCACAGCUGACAAACCCAAUCCACCAAAAGCUGCUGAGAGUAAUACCCAGUCUAGUACUGGAAUUGAGGAUUUAUUUGGUGAUUUGCCUCCAUUGACAGCCAACCAAGUCCCGGAGAAGCCCAAAAAAGACAUGAAAAAUGAUAUUAUGAGCCUAUUUGAAAAGUCCAAUAUGGUGUCGCCUUUUGCAAUGCAUCAACAACAACUUGCUCUGUUAGCACAACAACAAUCCCUUCUAAUGGCUGCGGCAGCUAAAUCUUCUCCUGGAAAUACUCAACAGCUUCCAUCCAAUGGCCCAAGCAUACCCACUCAAACUUUGCCAAACAUGGGCUACCAAAUCCCAGGAAUGAUGAUGCCUGUUGCUGGGCAGGCUGAUCUGCAGAAAUUCAUGCAGGCUAUGAGUAUGGGACAGGCACCAGUUGCAAACUCUGCUGCAUAUCCAUCAUCCAGCUUUUAUGCAUUGGGACAAGUUACCCCUGCAAAUGGUGUUGCUAUGACGGGAGCAAGUAAGCCUCAACAAGCUUCCCCGGUUACGUCAGCAAAUUCUUCACAAUCAGGUAAGGAUUAUGAUUUCUCAUCAUUGACACAAGGGAUGUUCACGAAACACUGACCUGGGUCCGGCUUUGAUGAUAUGUGGCAAUGUCAUUACUAUACAAAAAAUAGUUAUUUUUACAAGAAUUUAGAGGUUUGGAAGGGUUGUAGAGGGGAUUGUAAGCUAUGUGUAGAUUGAGUUUCAUUUAUUUUUGUUUUCUCCAUAUUUGAGUGAUUUCUUCUUUUGUAUGAGUAGAAUUAUGCCCAUACUUUAAUAAAGAAGAGUUUAGAUUGAAUUGGAUUUUAA